AGCUGCAUUCAGGUUUGUAAACCUGCUAUAUGAGCAUAUUCUACAUAUUCAUCUUAUGUUCUCUCACAGGAUGAUCGAUUGGGUGAUUUUUGCCAUUUUGCCUCUUUUACUCUUAAAAAUGGUAACAGGAGAAUGGCCUGGGAAUAACACAGUCUGGCAUUCUUGCUCUCCUUACUGCAACUGUUCUCUGACAGACUACACUAUCAUGGCCAAAUGUGAUUUGCAAAUGAUGGACAAGUGUGAAAAUUUUGUUCUUCCCAACAACACGAUGGUGUUAGAUUUGUCCAAAAACAAUUUUGUUGAAGUUCCUUCCUGUGUACUGAACAAAAGUAAAAGCAUCUCUACCUUGAUUCUCUUAGGAAAUAACAUUGGUGUCAUCGAAGAAGGAACCUUUCCGCUGAUGCCAAAUCUUCUACGCUUAGACUUGUCUUUUAAUGACCUCCGCGAAUGGAGAGGAGACAUAACUAACACCCUCCCCUCCCUACGGUCAGUAGACCUCACAGGAAACCAUAUAUACUUCCCAGACAAUAAUCUUUUUGAGGUUCACAAACUCAAAGAGAUUAGAGGGAUUACAUGGAAUGUCAAUUGCGCCGACUGUACAUUGGUUAACACUGAGCUACUGGUCAGCUCAAAUGACAGUGACAUGGCAUGCAUAGUGACGCCCGAGGAGUACUUCUUUUCAGGAGAGAUUGAAUAUGGAAGGUCACUCCUCUUCGUAAGACGAGGUUUUUCGCCACAAUGCUUAUGCGAGUCAGACAGUUGCAUCGCGGAAGAAAUUUUUAUGCCCUAUAUACUUACACUCAACAAGUUACCGAGAAAGUUAUUUUACACUGAGUACAUUCUAGGUGCCACUGCAGUUAUUUUAAACCUCGUCGUCAUGUUCAUUUCGUUCGGAUGUCGUUCGCUUCGCACGAGCACUUCCUUUCUUUUACUUGGAAAUAUUGGUGUUUGCGACAUCUUUAUGGGUGUUUACUCAAUCUUAAUAGCCAGAUACACCGUAUACGAAUUGAUUGUUAACAAGGGCAGCUAUACCGGGAUGGACGUAUUCGUUAAUGAUUACUGUACGUUAAUGGGAGUCAUUUUCACAACAGCUCAAAUAGUCUCGGUUUCAAGCUCUCUUUUGGCAACGGUAGAGCGUUACUUAUCGAUAGUACACUGUAUGAAACCGGGAGUGAGGUUGAGAAAGACUACUGCACUAAAGUGCCUGGCAGGGAUAUGGAGCGUUGCCAUCGCCUACUCACUUCUGCCAGUUUUCCGAGUCGGUGGUUUGAGAUAUCAUGGAGAAUUCACAUGCAUGAUGCCAUUUGUGAACGGGCCUGAUCAACAGGACACGUCUGAGGCUGGCCUCACUGUUGCUGCUCUGCUUGUUUUGUUUUUUGUCAUGAGCAUUGCUCUGUACAUUCACAUCUUUUUCUAUGUUAUAAAAGCAGGCAUCAGUGCCGGUGUAAAGCGAAAGGCUACCUUGGCUAAGAAUAUUUCAAUCAUGGUUUUUACAAACUUCAUCUUCUUCAUAUCGCCAAUGGUAUGCACUUUACUGUUUGUGUACAGGUUUGAACAACUCCAAAAAGCUUUUAAGAUAAACACUUUAAGAAGCCUUAAAAUUUAUUUCAUCAUGCUCUCCUGGGCUCCGGUUGUGUUUAUCAGCCUCAAUUCUUGCUUAAACCCUUUCCUGUGCGCAUUCAGACAUCCAAAAUUCCGAAAAGAGGUUAAAAGCUAUUUCGAGAAGCUUCAGUGCUCUUUUUUGCGACGAUCUCACCACAAUUUGCCCCAGGUCUGGACGCUUGCAGCUGCAAAACGACUGGAACUUACCUCAACCGAUGCUGUUGUUGGAAAUGAAAAUGUUAGCUGUGAGACUUACAGAUCACUGGAAACUUUAAACUGAAUCUGAAGCGGCUGAGGAUUUUCCUUAUAAUUGCCUUAAUCAUUUUUGGUGACCACUGACCAAUGUUUCUUUAAUUUCACAGGAGUUGAUUGUAACAGUUGUGCAUCUUAUUAUUAUCUUAUUCAGUAACAGGCCUAGAGAGCACUUAGCACAUUGAUGUCAGUUGAUGCUUCCGAAAUAAGUUAGUUCAUGAUAAUUAACAAUUAUUCCACGAGCGCGGGUUGGAUAUGAGAUGAUAG